AUGCGGUGCGGUUGGCGCGGCAGCCGGCUGCUCCAGCUCCUGCUCAACCUGGUCCAGCUCAUCGUCGCCGAAGACUCCCUGUCACAACUGUUGUCCCGGCUGGACGAUUCGCACCAAUGUGGUCGCGCGAUCUCAGCCGGUCGACUGCUUUCAACGGCCAUCAACGCACGGUUUCCGCGGCUUAUUCCGCUUGCGCGGUUCUUUGCCGAACAUCCAGGAGACUUCGAUGCCACCUUUCUCGAGAACUCAUCAUUCGACCUGAAACCGCCACUGAGGGCCAAUCUGACCGGCUACAAUCCCUUAUAUGCUCUCGAAUACAGCUGCGAGAACGUUACUAGCCGAUGGCUGCCUACAAUCGUCUUUCCCACCAGGGAUCCAAAUGCGACCACCAGACGAGCCUACCUCACUCUUCGUAUGGAAUUCGAUUUAGAUCUAUGCAAUAGUAUUCCCUGCAGCACAAAGUGCACAUGGACAGUACAUGGCGGUUUACGUGUGUUGGCAAAGACGUGCUGUGGUAAAGGCGAAGAUUUAGCGCUUUGUAGGACAGAUCCUGACAGAAAUCGUCCGAUGCUGUUGGUGGCAAAUGCAGCCUGUGCUGUCGCUUGCUUGGCGCUGAUCCCUGUCGUCUGUCGGGCACGUCGACGUGAACAGGAAGCUCGCGGAUGGGCGCUCAUGGAACUCUUUCUCAUUGGAGCCAGCAUUCUCUACUUGAUUUUGCUCAUCGACUGGUUCGCACCGCCGGAGGCUGGAUGUUGCGUAGCAGUAUGGCUGAGACAAAUCGGGUUCAGCACCUUUUACGGAUCCAUUGUGCUCAAGAUAUACCGAAACUUGCAAGAAUAUCGCGUAAGAAAAGCGCAACACGUCUCCGUUAGGGAAAAGGACAUGGUAAAAUACCUCGUCGGAAUGCUCGCUCUUACUAUCACGGGUUUAAUGGCUUGGACGGUAGGGUCAUGGGGUGAUCCGGCACUGUGGAGGACGGCAUGGCCACAGUGUCGGAUGCAAGGAUGGCAUGUCAUUUGGCAUUGUUACGAGUUACUCUUUCUACUCUAUGGAAUGCGGCUUUGUUACAAGGCUCGCAAUAGCGAUUGGCUGGAACGAUGGCAAUUUACAGUUGCUGUGUGUUUGGAAGCUGUUAUCACACUCAUGGCAAAUCUUAUC